UUCGUUGGCCGAUCACUCCUUUGCUCCGGUGAACAGAGGAGUCGGCGGCGGAUUUAGGCGAAGUCUCCCUCCGGUGAAUCCGUCCGUUUUCCCGGAGACGAGCAGCGAGGAGGCGUCGGAGAGAAAACGGCGUGAUCGGCUCUGUUUUUGUUCAAGCUCCUGGUUUGUUUCUCUCGGAUUCGGCUCCUCGGAUCCGGUGAAGAUUCUGCUUCCGAUCUUAUUCUUCGUCUUUGAUCGAGAGAGACCUGCAUUUCGAGACGAGGCUCAUAUUUUUGUCCUCUGGAUCCGUCUCAUCGAGAUUUGGUUCGAUUCGAGGAGAUUCUACGAAGGCUUGUAAGAAUGUGACAGAGAAUCGGAUGAAAAGAAAAAAGUGACUGAUAUGCUGAAAGGAGAUGUCAUUGAAAAGCAUCCUUCGAGAGCUGAAGGAGACGAGGGAUAGAACUGGAAGCAUCUCGAGGCGUAGCCGAGCUAAGUCCCACAUCGCUCCUGACCAAACUGAGCCGCCACCUAGAACCAUCCCGCAAAGCCCUUGGGCCUAUCUGCCACCGGAACUGCUCUCUGACAUAAUCCGGAGGGUGGAAGAGAGUGAGAUCUCUUGGCCUGCUCGAGCAGCCGUGGUCUCUUGCGCUUCCAUUUGUAAAUCAUGGAGAGAUAUCACCAAGCAGAUUGUCAGAAUCCCCGAGAAAUGUGGAAGGCUCACUUUCCCAAUCUCCUUGAAACAGCCAGGACCUAGAGACAGUCCCAUUCAGUGCUUUAUUAAGAGAGACAGAGCAACUUCUACAUACCUUCUCUACUCCAGUUUCAUGCCUUCUGAGAAUGAGAAUGACAAACUGUUGUUAGCAGCAAGAAGGGUUAGAAGGGUGACCUCUACGGAUUUUGUAAUCUCCCUUUCUGCAAAGAAUUUUUCACGGACCAACUCCACAUAUAUUGGUAAACUAAGGUCUGGUUUUCUAGGAACCAAGUUCACCAUGUAUGAUGGCCAAAUACAAGUCCAACCUAGGACUAACCCGGGCCGAAGGCUUCACCCCAAGUUGAAUGUACAUAACUAUAUUAUAGGAACCAUAACCUAUGAUCUCAAUGUUAUCCGGACAAGGGGGCCAAGGAGAAUGCAUUGUGUCAUGGAAUCUAUACCCCUCUCUUCUAUCCUUGCUGAAGAAGACCAAGUCUCUUCUUCUUCGCCACCCCCCAAUAUUUCUCAAAGCUUGCUCGACCAGAAACUGGUUCUCAAAAACAAAUCGCCAAGAUGGAACGAGCAAUUGCAGUGUUGGUGCCUCAACUUCAAGGGGAGAGUGACUGUUGCUUCGGUUAAGAAUUUCCAGCUUGUGGCAGAUAUCAACCCAUCUUUGGAUAUGCCUCCUGAAGAACAUGAGAGGGUGAUCUUACAGUUUGGCAAGAUCGGAAAGGACAUUUUCACCAUGGAUUAUGGAUACCCUCUUACGGCUUUUCAAGCCUUUGCUAUAUGCAUCAGCAGCUUUGAUACCAAACCGGCGUGUGAAGGGUAAGUUACCACUUACCCUUCAGAUGAGAUCCAUUGAUGCAUCAUUUGAAGGCUUUUCUGAUUUUCAAAGUGUUGAUAUCUAGCCUUGCCAAAUUCUAUGUAAAUUGCUGUAGCUAAUUGACUCUUCAUUAACCUGGCUCUCACAGUUACAAAAUCCUGAUCUUAUUUAUGUCCUUUGCUUCGUUUUGACAAAAUUAUAAUGGAUAAGAACAAGCAAGUUACCAUGUUGUAUAUCUCAUGUAUAUAAGCAAAUGCCUUUA